AUGUCUCUUUCCGGUAAAACUUUCAAACUCGCUGAUGGCAAUUCCAUCCCCGCUAUCGCCUACGGUGUCGGUACCAAGUGGUACAAGCACGGCAGAAACGAAAUCGACGAAAAGGUCGUUGAGGCCUUGCAGACAGCCAUCCAAAAGGGCUUUGUUCACAUUGAUGGAGCUGAGGUAUACAAUACAGACCAAGAGGUCGGCUUAGCUGUUGAGGGCCACAGAAACAACUUGUUCCUCACCGAUAAGUAUUUUGUUGGUGACUCCAGCCAUGCUGACAAAUCGCAGUAUGGUACCCCUUACGAGUCGCUCAAGUACCACUUGGAGAAGGAAUUGAAGACCGACCACGUCGACUUGUACUUGCUUCACAGUCCUUUCGUUAAGAAGGAGUACCACGGCUUCAGUUUGGCCGAGGCAUGGCAAUCGGUCGAGAAGCUCAAGGACGAGGGCUUGGCCAAGUCGAUUGGUGUCUCCAACUUUGCCGUCGAGGAUCUCGAAGAAAUCUUGAAGGUGGCCAAGCACAAGCCUGUGGUGAACCAGAUUGAGUUCAAUGCCUACUUGCAGAACCAGACUCCAGGCAUUGUCGAGUUUGCUCAGAAGCACGACAUCUUGAUCGAGGCCUACAGCCCCUUGGGACCAAUCACCAAGGGCGAGCCUGGCGAGUUCACUGAGUUGUUGGACACCUUGGGCAAGAAGUACAACAAGACUCCUGGCCAGGUUUUGUUGAGAUGGGUGCUUGAGAAGAACAUCUUGCCUGUGACCACCUCUUCCAACCCUGACAGAAUCCGUCUGUUUGUGGAGAUCUUCGACUUUAGCUUGAACAAGGAGGAGGUUCUCAAGCUCACUGAGAUUGGCGCCAAGCACAAGACCUUGAGACAGUACUGGAAGAAGGAGUACAGCAAGUACGACUAG